CUUGACUUGUGAUUCGCUCAUCGCACGGUAUGAAACUGGCUAAUUGUCUAGCUCUAUUGAUUAAACGUAUCCACGUCGAUGCCGUGUGAUUCUGAUAUUUCCAAACCACUGUUGCUUAAAGGAGGCACAGUUGUAAACCAUGACGUGUCUUUCAAAUCAGACGUCUUAGUUCAUCAUGGUAUUAUUCAGGCGGUUGGUGAAAAUCUGAGCUACCCCGACGGUACAGAAAUUAUCGACGUCAAUGACAAAUUAUUAUUACCUGGUGGAAUUGACUUGGACUGUCACAUUGGUGUCGCGAGCUCGGAUGAUCCAAUAGCUGAUACUUAUUUGUCUGCAGGAAAAGCAGCUCUUCUUGGUGGCACAACUACGAUUGUGAACACAGUUUAUGCUUAUCCUGGGGAGUCUCUAAUAAACUCAUAUGAUCAGUUUAUAUCGUCAGUCCAUGAAAAAUUAGCCUGCAAUUAUGGUGUAUGCUUGCGGUUGGCUGGCUUCUCAACAGAAAUUAACAAUGAUCUGAUUACUUUAGUUCAAGACAAAGGAGUUGUGUUGUUUUCCGUUCAUUUGGGUUCAAAAUCUUCAACUACGGUAGAUAGUGAACACUGUAGUAUCAGUGAAGAAGAGUUUUAUUAUUUCUUAAAGUCCUGUCGGCAGCUAGGUGUGAUACCUAUGCUUGAAGCAGCUACUUCGGUGUCGUUAUCCCAGAAAUUAUCCUCAGAUGUGCAAAUCAGUUGUCCUGAUAUUGGUCCAGAAGUCAAUUUAUUUGUUUCACCGGAAGAAGCUGAAGCUAACACCGUAUUGCAAGGAUCUCUGUUUUCUCAAUAUGCUGGAUUUUGUUGUCCACUUUUGGUUUCUAGGAUUCAUAGCGAAGCAGCACUAAAUUGCUUCAUUGAACAGCGCCGUAUGUGUAGAGGUAUAUUAUUUGGACAAACUAGUAUCCCUGCAAUAUCUAUUCCUCUUUCUUUAAUGAACUAUGAUGAUCAUCCGGACGAUGUAUUGACCCAUUCGAAGGAUUGGGCUGUUGCUGCUAGUUACAUAAGCGACCCUCCAUUACGACCAGAUGCUUAUCUCAGUCAAAGGUUGCUGACUCACCUCGUGUCUGAAGACUUGGCCUCCGUUGGUUCAAGUCAUCGAGCAAUAACAACUGCAGUUCGCGCAGCUUUUGGAUUAAAGAAUGCCGUGCAUAUUCCUCAUGGUAUAGCAUCUUUAGGUCAUAGGAUGGUUGCAUUAUGGCAUUUCGGGGUUGAAAGUGGAUUUUUGGAUCCUUGCACGUUUGUUAAAGUAACUAGCACUAAUCCUGCAAGACUAAUUAAUGUUUAUCCUCAAAAAGGCAGAAUAGAAGUAGGUUCCGAUGCUGAUAUUUUAAUUUGGUCAAACUCCUUUAAACAAGAAGUUUUGAAAAGCAUUUUACCUGAUGGUGUGCCUAACAUAUUUUCUAACACUGCGUAUCAGUCGGGUCCUGAAAUGGUUAUACUACAUGGUCAUAUUGCCGUUCAGGAUAGUGAUUUUUUAAAUGACACUUCCACUCUUGGGAAACUGGUUGUCUGCCGACCAUUCUCUCAUUAUGUAUAUGCUCGUGUCGAUGCAAUGGAAAAGAGUGUAAAUUCCGAAUUUGCAAUGCUCGUACGUGAGCCAUACGUAGGAGAUGCAGUUUCCAAGACAACUGAAGUUUCGAAUGAUAACAAGGAAGGUUACUACUUUCGAAAAGAAUACUAUGAUAAUAUGCCUAAAGUGGCCUUACCACCUGGUCAGAGAAAAAUACACACGUCAGUUAAAACGGCUCAACCUCCCGGUGGUUUAUCAAAUGCGUUUUGGUCAAACGAAUGAAAAGAACUCAUCGUCUGAAAACGCUAACUUCUGCAUUUCUAAUUUCCAGUUUUAUUUCUCACUUUGAGUAACUUUCCUGGUGCAUUUCAAUGAAAACCAAUUGACUUUCUGUAACUGUGUGCGUGUCGUAUUUAAUAUCAUCUCUUUGGUUCAAACAAUCAUUAGUGUUGUGCAAACUGUUUCUUAAUAAUAUGGCAAAUUUAAUUACAA